AUGGAAAUAAAAAUUUCCUCUGUGUUUUUGGUGGCGUGUGCGUUGGCUUUGCUAGCCACCGUAGAUGGGAAACUUCGCUAUGAAAACUAUGGAGUGUACAAAAUCGAUAUCACGAACGCUGAUCAGCUGACCUUACUUCAAAGGCUAGAAUCGUCGCCGAAUGGGUAUACGUUUCUAGAGUAUCCUGCUCAGGUGAACACGAGCGUGGAAGUUGUGAUUCCACCGAGCGAAAAGUUUAGCGCAGACAGACUUUUCAAGAAGCACAGCAUCGGAUCAACACUGCUUACGUCCAAUCUAAAACAGUACUACAAGCAGAUACUCGAUAAGGAGCGUCCGUCCCGCAGGAAGCUGGAGGGCUUUGGUUGGGAUGAUUACCACACGCUAGAGGAAAUCUACGAAUGGAUCGACGAAAUGGUAUCGCAGUACCCGUCGGUGCUGUCGGUGGAUACGAUCGGUCAAACGUAUGAAGGCCGGGACAUGAAAGUAAUCAAGCUUUCGUAUAAAUCCGGCAACGUGGGUAUUUACAUCGACGCAAAUAUACAUGCCCGCGAGUGGAUAACGUCGGCAACGAUUACGUGGGUCUUGAACGAGCUACUUACGUCGGAAGAACCCAACGUGAGGUUUAUCGCUGAAAACUACGACUGGUACAUCGUUCCCGUGGCCAAUCCGGAUGGUUUUGCGUACACACAUACCACGGAACGUCUGUGGCGCAAAACCAGAACUCAGCAUAAUCUACUUUGCUAUGGGACAGAUCCGAACCGAAAUUUUAACUUCCAGUGGAACAAUGGAGGAACUUCAACAACACCCUGCUCGGAUACCUAUUCAGGCCCGGCACCAGAAUCCGAGGUUGAAGUAAGCAAUUUGACCACUUUCAUCAGAUCGAUCGCCGCCAACGUCAAGCUGGCAUUGUCGAUUCACUCUCGCGGCCAGUACAUUCUGUUUCCAUUUGGUUACACUAAUGCACCAAGAGCUUACAACUACCAAGACCUGCUGCAGGUCGGACAGCGGGCCUCAGUUGACAUGUACAAGCUGUACAACAAACCCUACCGCGUGGGUACGACCGCAGAUGCCCUUUAUAUUGCAUCGGGUAUCUCCGUUGAUUGGGCAUUCGCCGUCGGUGGAAUCCCGUUGUCGUACACCUACGAGCUGCGUGAUCAGGGAGAGUUCGGAUUUAUACUGCCGGCCGAGCAGAUUGUACCGAACGGUGAAGAGUUGUUGGAAGGAUUCAUAGCCAUGAUUGACGAGGCCAGAGUGCUGGGAUACAUGACGAUGUGGAUCAAGCUUGCUUUCUUCGUACUGGCCGCCUGCGCCACCGGUGGCUCCGCCGAACAGGCCCGGUUCGACAACUACCGCGUCUAUGAGGUUUCCAUCGACACCGCCCGGCAGCUGCAGGCAUUGCAGCAGCUGGAACUGAACUCCGAUGGAUACAGCUUCUGGGAGUCGCCGGUGCAGACCAACAUGCGGCUCAGCAUCGUUGUGCCACCGCACAAGUUUGCCCACUUCGAGGAACUGUCCAAGGCACUGGCCCUUAAGACGCGACUGCAGAUUGAGGACUUCCAGAAAGUGAUCGAUGCCGAGCGUCCGAACCGUAGCACUCGCGCUACCUUUGGCUGGACCGACUACUACACUGUCGAAGAGAUCUAUGCCUGGAUGGACGAAAUUGUCGCUCAGAACCCAUCCAUCCUGACCGGCACGGUGUACGGCAGAUCCUUCGAAGGACGCGAUUUGAAGGCUAUCAAGCUGUCGCAAAAGGCCGGCAAUCCCGGUAUCUUCAUUGAGGCCAAUAUUCACGCACGUGAAUGGAUCUCGUCCGCCACCGCUACCUGGCUGCUGAACGAGCUGCUCACCUCUACCAACCCGGCCGUGCAGGAUCUGGCACAGAACUACGAUUGGUACUUCAUCAUGGUGGCCAAUCCAGACGGUUUGGCCUACACCAAGACCACCAACCGUCAAUGGCGCAAGACCCGUCAGCCAGUGAACGACCUGUGUGUCGGAACUGACCCGAACCGCAACUUCGACUACUUCUGGAUGAACGGUGGAGCUUCUUCGGUACCGUGCUCCGAUACUUUCGCCGGACCGGCACCAUUCUCCGAGCCGGAAACGAAGGCUAUGGCCGAUUACUACGCAACCAUUGCGGACAGAAUCAACAUUCAGUUCUCGUUCCACUCCUAUGGUCAAUACCUGUUGACUCCGUUCGGUUUUAGCGGAGCACCUCAGCCGUCCAACAACGCCGACUUGCAGCAGAUUGCCACCGUAACGGCUGCCGCCAUUCAGGCUACUUUCGGCACGCGUUACACCUACGGUAACAGUGCCAGCGUGCUGUACGUCACCUCUGGAAGCACAGUCGACUACUUCGUUGGAGUCCAUGGAACGAGGCUGGGAUACACCUUCGAGUUCCGCGACACCGGAGCCACCGGAUUCGUGCUGCCUGCCAAUCAGAUCAUUCCUAAUGGCCAGGAAACCCUUAAUGGACUCAUUGCCUUCGUCGCCGAAGCCAAGCGUUUGGGAUACGUGUAA